UCUUGGACUGAUCUGGUAACAUUACGUUGUGUCGAUGACUCGUGUAAUGUACUCUAUCAGUGCUUCAUUUUUUGUUGCUUAUCUAAAUCUACUGGUUAUGUGAUACGGUUACCCAUUUAUUUGUUAUUUUAUACGUGAUAGAAGCAGGAGUGAAUUAAUUUAUCAUUUGAUGAUUACUUUCAAACCGAAAUACAUACCAACCAGUUAUCUGUGUACGGAACAAUGUUGUGCUAUUAAUAACAUGUUGUAUUGUUUUUGUGAUAAGUCUGUUUGAGUUCUACGGUUUCAUUAUUACGCAUUUUAAUUCAACAUUUCGCCAAAUAUCUACCGUUAGGAAAUAGAUGGAAUAAUUCUAUUACUUCAAAUUAAUAAAGAAGACAACAAUAUUAUUUUGUGAAUUUUACAAUGCUGUUAAUUAUAAUAAUCAUCAUCAUUGUAAUACUUGCCGGAUUUAAAUUCUACUACAGCUUAUCAAGCGGAAUGUGCACAUGCGACGCCAGAAUGGACGGGAAAGUUGUUAUAGUGACGGGAGCGAACACUGGCAUAGGUUAUGAGACCGCUAGAGAGCUGGCUCAGCGCGGCGCCAGGGUGAUCCUCGCCUGCAGGAGCGCGCAGAAGGGAAUUGCAGCCGUAGACAGCAUCAGGACGGCCACGGGGAACACCGACGUGGUAUUCAAACAACUAGACUUGUGCUCUUUGCGGUCAGUACGAAUUUUUGCAGAAGAUAUUCUCAAUACUGAAUCGAAAUUGGACGUUUUAAUAAAUAACGCAGGCACCGGUAUCUUGGAUAACUCAUUGACCGAAGAUAAUAUACCGAUAGAAGCGCAAGUAAACCAUUUCGCCCCUUUUUUACUGACUGUUUCACUUUUGCCGCUAAUAAAGAAGUCUGCGCCAAGCCGCAUCAUCAAUGUAUCCUCCCUGAUGCACAAAUUUGGGAAGAUAGACCUAAAUAAAUUUCAUAAACAAGCAAAAAAUUCUUUUGAACACAGGAGAGUUUAUUCAAACACGAAACUAGCGAACAUCCUUUUUACAAACAAACUAAGUAAAGAUUUAAAGGGAACUGGCGUAACCGCCAACUCUGUGCAUCCUGGGGUUGUUAGCACAGAUAUUUUUCGAGAUAAGUAUGCCAUUACUAAAUACCUAAUACGCUUAUUAUUCAAGACGCCCUUGCAGGGAGCACAAACUUCGAUAUAUUUGGCGGUAUCGCCAGAACUAAAAGAAACUACCGGUAAAUACUUCGUCGACUGUUGCAAAGCGCGAACCUCUGCAAGUGGACAAGAUGCUGACUUAGCAAAUAAAUUGUGGGAUUUGUCUUGCCAAGUCGUUAAUAGCGAGAAGAAAGAUUUGUAAUGGGAAUACGUCUGCCAUUUUUUAUGCCAUUCAUAAUUAUCAUACAUCGUAGAUUAAUUAUUUAUUAUGAUGCAAUUUUUAUAGUUAUAAGAAAAUAGCAAGUAAUCUAAGUAUUCUUUGUGAUGUUUAAUUCGCUUUAACUAUGUUAAAAAAUAGAUAUUAUUUGAACGCUUAGAGUUUUUAACCAGAUUUGAUUAUAAACUUGCCAUCGUAUGUUUGCCAUGUAAC